UCGGAAAAGACGCCUGCAAUCCUCUGGCAGACGGGAGGGGACCGAGGGAGACGGCUUUCCGCAGACACACCGCCGCCGCCGCGCACUCCUCGCCCCGCCGCGCAGCGCACCGCAGCGCAGCAUGGCCCACACCGCCCCCCGCCUCGUCCUCGGCCUCCUGGUAUUGAGUUUGUGCUGUGAUGCUUGCAAGAAAGUCAUUUUUCAUGUUCCUUCUGCAUUAGAGGCUGGCACGUUAGUUGGCAGAGUUAAUUUGAACGAGUGUCUUCAGUCUGCAGAACUUAUCAGCUCCAGUGAUGAGAACUUCAAAGUUCUGGAAGAUGGCUCUGUAUAUACAACAUCUGCUGUUUCUUUGUCUGAUGAGAGAAGGACUUUUACCAUAUUACUUAAAGAUAUUCAAGAAAAUGUAGAAAAGAAAAUACAAGUCAAUUUGGUGACAGAUGACAAAAAGACCAAGGCACAGAAGACCAGGCAGGCUAGAGAUACAGUUCUCAAGCGAACCAAAAGAAGGUGGGGCCCUAUUCCAUCUGUUAUGAUGGAGAACUCACUUGGACCUUUCCCACUACAAAUUCAGCAGGUCCAGUCAGACACGGCUCAGAACUACACCAUUUAUUAUUCUGCAAGUGGACCAGGAAUUGAUCAAGAUCCAAAGGGUUUGUUUUACAUAGAAAGAGAAACUGGAAAUAUCUUUGCUACUCGUGCAGUAGACCGUGAACAGUAUCCAAGCUUCCAGAUCAUUUGCUUUGCAAGCACUCCAGAUGGUUAUUCACCAGAGGUACCACUUGUGCAUACAAUCAGGAUAGAGGAUGACAAUGAUAAUGCUCCAUAUUUUACACAGGAAAUCUUUGAGUUUUGUGUCCCUGAGAACUCCAAGCCUGGUGUAAUUGUUGGAACGGUGACUGCAGAAGACAGAGACGAGCCUUUUACUCUGCAUACUCUGUUGAGAUAUCGCAUUGUGUCACAAAACCCACCAAUAAUUCCAGCAUUUUCUUUACAUGGUGAAACGGGUGUCAUUAGUGUAUUAUCGCCACAGCUGGAUAGAGAGCUGGUGUCCACAUACACUUUGUUAAUUGAAGUGAGAGAUAUGGGAGGUCAGCCUUUUGGUUUGUGCACUACAGGAACAGUUAUCAUUAAAAUUGAAGAUACAAAUGACAAUGCGCCAACUUUUAAGCAGAUACAAUAUGAAACACAAGUGGAGGAAAACAGAGUGAAUGUAGAAAUACUGAGGGUUUCUGUUGUUGAUCUUGAUGAACUUGGUGCGCCUGGCUCCACAGCUGUGUAUGAAAUCAUAAGAGGAAAUGACGAUCGCUCCUUUGAAAUUACAACAGACAGAAACACAAAUGAAGGAAUACUGUGUGUUGUUAAGGGACUGGACUAUGAAGGCGCCAAGCAAAGGAUCCUUGUGAUUGCAGUCAACAAUGAGGCACCGUACAUGCUGGCACCACAUUCACAACAAGUUGUCCAGAGCACCUGCACUGUUGUAGUGAAUGUCUUAGAUGUGGAUGAGGGGCCAGUGUUUAAACCCUGUUUCUUCCGCAUGGACGCUAGCGAAUGUGAUGAGGUUGGGACAAGUAUUGGGAAAUACCUAGCAGAAGAUCCAGAAACUGGAAAUAGUGAAGGCAUCUGCUACAAGAUAGCGCCUGGACAGUGUAAUUGGAUCAACAUAGAUGAAAAAUCAGGUGAAGUCAGAACCAUUAAAGCCUUGGACCGAGAUCUAGGAGAAAUGAAACGCGGUCAAUGCAAUAUCACAGUCCUCGCAAUAGACAGAAAUGGCAAAACAGGCACUGGAACUCUGCAAGUUGUCAUCCAGCCUUGCAACAGGAAUUUCCCACGGAUACUUAAAACUGAUUAUAUAAUGUGCAGAGACAGAAAACCUAUCUGCCUCACUGCAGAGGAUGGCGAUAUUGCUUCUUACAGCAUGCCUUUUGUAUAUCGCGUGACUGACCGUAACUUGGCUUCCUCAUGGAAGAUAACACGACACAAUGAGAAGUCUGUGUAUCUUUCACCAAGGGGUGAUAUUCCAUUUGGAAUAUAUACUAUUCCUGUAACUGUGUCUGAUAACUCAGGAAAGCAAGGAGUCACCCAAAUAACAGUUAACUACUGUAACUGUGUUAUUCCAAGUGAAUGUGAAAGGAUGUCUUUUGCCUCCAGCAGUGUUACUCUUGGUGUAUGGGCCAUCCUUGCUAUGAUCUUAGGAUCACUACUCUUGCUGUUAAUCCUGAUUACAAUCUGUGGUUGUUGUGGCUCCGGGGUAAUGCGCAGACAUGUGACUGACGAUUGUGCCAAUCACAACUUAAUCAUUUCAAAUACGGAAGCUCCAGGGGAAGAGGUGAUGGAUCACAAUAUAAUUCCUCUACAAAAUACAGGUGAUCAAGUAGGAUGUGGAAUAAAAACAGGAGAUCAACAAACAUUUGAAAUGGUAAAAGGAAGAGGUCAUACCCUGGAAUCAGUCAGGGGAGGUGGACAUCAGACUCUGGGAUCAGUCAAAGAAGGAGGAGGAGGACAGCCUGUGAUGGACACAUGUAGAUACUCUUACUCAGAAUGGCAUAAUUUCACACAUCCUCGUUUAGGUGAAAAGGUGCACCUAUGCAGACAGGAUGAAGAACAGAAGCAUUCUGAAGAUUAUCUCCUUACAUAUAACUAUGAAGGAAAAGGAUCCUUGGCUGGUUCUGUAGGCUGCUGCAGUGAUCAGCAUGAAGAAGAGGCACUUGACUUCUUAGAUCAGCUGGAACCUAAGUUUAGGACAUUAGCAGAAACAUGUGUUAAAAGAUAAAUGUGCCUUUCACAGUGCUGAAAAAAAAAAACACUGUAAAUAAGUGGCUGUCCUACUUUUGUGAUACUGGGUAUUUUGGAAUUGAAUGCAACAGAUUCUUCCACUGCUUGUUUUCUAGGGGAGAGGUUUAUCAAAACUAAUGUAGAGUGGUGAGAGUGUAACUCUUACAUUAAAUGUAUAGCAUAUUUUUUUAGUCUCUACUAGACACAUUCCAUCAAAAGUAAGGGAUUCAAACCAUUUUUUCUUUAGACUACGUUCAUAUAGUAAUGCUAGUUUCUUUUUAGAUUACAUUUUCUAUUCUUUGUGAUUGCUUAAAAUGCAAAACUUAGUGCUGUUAAUGAUUGAUUCAGCCUCAAAAUUUUAUUAUAUUUGGCUUUGGAGAAGGAAAGCUUUUUUCACUCACUGUUCCUUUGUUUUCUUUUAAUUCUGUAGAAAUAAAUCCAAAAAUAUUACUGGUGGAUAUCAAAUACCUUGUUAAUUUUCAACACAUAUGAAUUAAAUGUAUAUGAGAUACUUCUCAUUUUUCACAUUAAAAAUACCAAUGACUACAUUAGAAAAUUUUAUAUUUUGAUUGAAAAUUAAAUAUAUAUAUAUUGUAUAUAUGUAAAAUAAUAUUCAAAAAUAUAUUUUUCUCCUAAUGGGUUGCUACCCAUCAAACUUGCUAUCCUAAGGGAUUUAUGGCAUCAACACAUAGGAUAUCAGCAUUGUAUGCGAGUAUAUAUUUUUCUUAUAAGGAAAUGAGAGAUGAAAAAAAUCAGGAAACAGGGGUAACUAUCUUACUUUAAAUGAAUACAAGACAAAUAUCAUGUUUACUUGACAUAACUUUGUACCUCAGUUUCUUGUGAGUUUUAACAUGGUAUCAUUACAGAAAUGAUCAUUGCCAAGAGUUUUGUCCAGCAUAGCUACCACUACCUUUUUUUACUUCUCUAGCUGUGGAUGUCAUGAGACUUUCUUUCCGUAAAUAGACCUGACAGAAGAUGCAGCCCAAAUGGAUUGAGCAUGUACUGCAUAAUAGCAUGUUUCAAAGAUAGCUCUAUUUGAGACACAAAAAUAACACCAGGAUAAAACGUCUGUUUAAAGCAUAUUAUGUAGUGGUUGUAGAGGUAUGCAUUUUCACAGAUCUCUGGCAGAAAUCAGCUGAAUCCCAUUUGUUGUUUUACUAGAUCAAGCAUACAUAUACAUUAUAUA